CCCCAGAACAGCCUCGUAUAUCAUCCGUCCCUUCUCUCAUUCCCUCUCCUCCUCCUCCUCCUUCUCUUCCUCCUCUCCUCUCGCUCGCUCUUCACAUCCGAUGAGCCUGUUGAAUACAAACCAGAUCAGCCGCGGAAAGCGCGCGGGUUGAGUUGCGGAGCGCGCGCGCAUCUACUCACACUGAACUGCGCAGUGCCUUCCUACUGCCUACUGCUCGUUCUCUGACCAACGCAAACCCCGCUUUACGUUUUGUUCAGUUCUCAAGGAAGUGGAACUAAAAAGAAGUAGAAAAAUCUGCUCACAUACUGUGUGUGUAUUCUAUGUACCACGGAGGUGGUCGGAUUAUAAAAAGGUAGUUUCUUGUAAAAAUUGAUACGGAUAUCUUUCUUCUUGCGCGCGUCGAAACUUACCUGGUGGAUUAAAAAACAUUCUCAAAACCUGUUACUCAUAGUGAACGUAGUAAUUUGAUGUAGUUUUCUGAUUCCCAAAAGACGGAUGGUACCUCCCCCUUUGUGUGUACGUCAAUUUUAUCUUGGAUUGUCGACACGCUUUUCUACCAUUCACAAAAGUGAAAGUGAAAGUAGAAGAAUUUUAAGCUAGCUUUUACAACUUACACCACGUGCGCAUUUGGCGAUAGCCCCAGUAGCUAUAUUUGUGCUAUAUCCAUCUCCACGGAUACCAUAGUGGUAACGGGAUCUCUUGUCUUAUUUCACGGAUACCAUAGUUUGGACGAAAUCGCUUGUCUGAUUUCACGGAUACCACAGCGUUAGAAAAAAACAACCCAAAGUCCCAACUCUUUUCCCUGUUCGCGGUGAGUGAUGGAGUCGCCAGUCGAGGACCACCACCCCCAGCUCAAUCACCAACACGGGGUGCCCCAGGACCCCGAGGAGAGCCUAGAGCUGAAGCACGCGGACAGCGACAGUGUGAACAGCAUACCGCCCCCACCCCCUCCCUUGGGCAUGGACGUGCCUGUAGCUAGCGAGGAGUCCAUCGACAUCACAGAGGCUGAGAGACAGAGGCAACAGCAAGAGCUGGAUCAGCAGUAUCUGCUACAGCAGCAGCAGGAAGAGGAGGAGAGGCAGCAGCAGCAGCAGCAACUACA